AUGGCUUCCGGCGGCGUCUCUCCCAUCUCAUCCGGCUCCCCCGUUCCCUCCCUCCGCGAAUCAACAAACCCAAUAAUGUCCUCUCCCCUAGCACAAACUACCAACUCCUCAACUAGCACACCACCCCCCACAAAAAUCUGCGUAUUCUGCGGCGCCUCACCAGGGAACAGCCCCUCGCACAUGGCGAUGGCGCGUUCCCUAGCCGAACACAUGGCAUCACAAAACAUAUCCCUCGUCUAUGGAGGCGGUACCGUCGGACUGAUGGGAGAAAUAGCCCGAACACUAGUUUCCCUCUCAGGUCCCACUUCCGUACACGGAAUCAUUCCCGCUCCAUUAGUUAAAUAUGAGCGAGGCCCCGAUAGCGAAGCAGCUAGUAUUCACAGUAGGGAAAAUGGAACCGGGACUCCGGAAAAUGGUGAUGGCUUGCCGGAAUAUAAUAUCUAUGGGAAAACUACAGUGGUAAAAGAUAUGCAUACACGAAAAGCAAGGAUGGCGCAGGAAGUGAUGGCAGGGGGUCCUGGGUCCGGAUUCAUUGCGUUAUCAGGUGGUUAUGGGACGCUGGAGGAAUUGAUGGAAGUGGUGACUUGGAAUCAAUUGGGUAUUCAUACUCGAGGUGUUGUGCUUCUGAAUGUAGAAGGAUAUUGGGAUGGAUUAAUGGCGUGGAUUAAGAAUUCUGUGGAGGCGGGAUUCGUAGGAGAAACGAAUAAGAAUAUCGUGGUUGAUUGUAGCACGGCGGAGGGAGCAAUUCAGGCAUUGAGGGACUAUAAGUUGACCGAAGGAAGAUUUAAGUUGGAAUGGGGUAAUGAAUAG